UUCACCUCAAGUUUUGUGAUGUGCUGAUAUGUGUGUGUGCGAUUGCCGUUUAUUACGUGUGUUUAACUAAAACCUUUCUAUCAAUUAUUCAAGAUGGCUUGCUUUUAUUCAAAACAUUUGAGUCUUUUGCUAAUUUAUUUUUAUUUAACUUCUACAUUAUCAUUUUAUCUUCCUGGUCUCGCUCCUGUGAAUUAUUGUGAAGAAACAAAAGCGACUCAAUCUUGUCAGUCUCAUGUUGUGCUUUAUGUCAAUCGACUGAAUUCUGAAGAAUCGGUCAUUCCCUAUGAAUAUAAUCACUUUGAUUUUUGUUCUGCUGAUGUCUCAGACUCUCCUGUUGAGAAUUUGGGUCAAGUAGUGUUUGGAGAACGGAUUCGACCAUCGCCUUACAAUAUUAGUUUCCUAAAGGAUAUUACUUGUGCAACUGUUUGUGAAAAAACUUAUCACCUAGAUCGUAAAGAAGAUGUUGAAAAGCUUAAUAAUUUGAAAAAAGGAAUGCUCAAGAAUUAUCAGCACCAUUGGAUCGUCGAUAACAUGCCAGUUACUUGGUGUUAUCUGGUAGAAGUUAAUCAGCAGUUUUGCUCCACUGGUUUUCCAAUGGGUUGUUACGUUAAUUCAGCUCGUCAGCCUAAAGAUGCCUGUGUGAUGAAUACCUUGUUUAAUAAAGCUGAUACCUUUUACAUCUUUAACCAUGUGGAUAUAACUAUUACAUAUCAUAGUGGUGAAGAUGAAUCCUGGGGUGUAGGUUUUAAAGAUAAAGGAGGCCGGAUUGUGAGAGUUAAAGUUAGACCUAGGAGUAUCAAACACAGUGACAAGAGUUGUACUACUGAGUUUACUCCUAUGGAUAUACCUAACAAAAUUAACCCUAAGGAUGUUAUUACAAUAAAAUACACUUAUUCCGUUAAUUUCACUAAAGAAAACAAGGUCAAGUGGUCUUCUCGGUGGGAUUAUAUUUUGGAAUCAAUGCCUCAUACAAAUAUUCAAUGGUUCAGCAUUUUAAAUUCUCUUGUGAUUGUUUUGUUCUUGACUGGAAUGGUUGCGAUGAUUCUUUUAAGAACCCUCCACAAAGAUAUUGCACGUUACAAUCAGAUUGAAAGUGCUGAUGAUGCCCAAGAGGAGUUUGGAUGGAAACUUGUGCAUGGUGAUGUUUUUCGUCCUCCAAGGAAAGGGAUGUUGCUUGCUGUAUUACUUGGAAGUGGUGUACAAGUUUUCUUUAUGGCACUGAUAACUUUAUUUUUUGCCUGUCUGGGUUUCUUGUCACCAGCUAAUAGAGGAGCUCUUAUGACAUGUGCUAUGGUUUUAUAUGUUUGUUUGGGUACCCCUGCAGGCUAUGUUUCUGCUCGAAUGUAUAAAGCAUUUGGCGGUAUCAAAUGGAAAUCUAAUGUGUUGCUGACAUCCACUCUUUGUCCUGGAGGUGUGUUUGUUUUAUUCUUUAUAUUAAAUUUACUCCUAUGGGCUAAAGGAAGUAGUGCAGCAACACCAUUUACGACUUUACUUGCACUGUUGUCUUUAUGGUUUGGGAUAUCAUUACCUCUUACAUUUGUGGGUGCUUAUUUUGGAUUCAAGAAAAGGACCAUAGAACACCCAGUCCGAACCAAUCAGAUUCCAAGACAAAUACCUGAACAGUCUAUCUAUACACAACCAAUUCCUGGAAUUAUUAUGGGAGGCAUCCUACCAUUUGGUUGCAUUUUCAUACAACUGUUUUUCAUCUUAAACAGCAUCUGGUCAAGUCAAGUGUACUAUAUGUUCGGGUUUUUAUUUUUGGUAUUUAUCAUUCUCAUAAUUACUUGUUCUGAAACAACCAUUCUCCUAUGCUAUUUUCAUUUGUGUGCUGAGGAUUAUCAUUGGUGGUGGCGUGCUUUCCUCACAAGUGGCUUUACAGCUUUCUAUUUAUUCAUAUAUUGCAUCCAUUUUUUCAUAACAAAAUUGAACAUUACUGGCGUUACAUCCACACUCUUGUACUUUGGUUAUACUCUGAUUAUGGUCUUUCUCUUCUUCCUGCUUACUGGUUGUGUUGGAUUCUUUGCAUGCUUCUGGUUUGUUAGGAAAAUUUAUGGAGUAGUCAAAGUAGAUUGAUUCAAGGAUCGAAUUUUCUCUAUCAAGUAAAGGUUUAGUCCUUUUUAAAGCUUUGUAAAAUUUUGCAAAGCUGGUGUGAUAUUUACGUUUUACUUUGGAUUGCAACUGAAACAAAUGUUCCAACUUCUACAUUGUAAUUUUAAAAUGACUUGGUUAUUGUUAAUUACUAUGGAAAAUGACCAACUAUUUUAGUCAUUCAAAAUGUAUAUCAAUUCAUUGUCCACUAUAAAACUUUUCUUCGAUUAUAUAUUAUAUUUUCAUUAAAAUGUUAUAAUUGUUGUUUUUGGUUAAUUAUUGUGUAAUGCAUUUAGCACAAACCAAAAACACAAUUGGGCAAAUUAUAAAAUUAUUAUGUAUUACAUCUUUAUUUGUAUUUUCCCCUGUGUUUAACACCGGAGUUUUAAGAAUUAAUUCAAGAAAUCCCCCCCCCCUUUUUUUUUUACUUGUUGUAUUAUAUUGUAAUUUGGAUUAUACUCUACUUUAAGAAAUAUUGUCUUAUGGCGCACUAUAUUUAAAGAAAUGAACACUAGGAAGUAAAAAGCUAUUCUGUGGUUCUUUUUUCUCUCUUUUUUUACGGAGCUAUUUGUAAGAAGGAAGAGAUUUAGCCAUGUUUAUAUAAUAAAUCUAAUACAAACUGAACAGUUGUAAAAUAUAUGCAGAUAUAGUGCUAUGUAUACUCAAAUAUUGUUCAAAUAUGUCUGCUAUUUUAUUAUUAUUAUUUAAAAGUCAGUGUCUUAUUUUCUAGGGGUUUAUUAUGAAGAUAAUUUCAUAUCUUCAUAAUAAACUUGCUGUGCUUUUGUAGGUAUUUACUUUGAGAAAUAAAGUGCUAAAAAUGUUUUAUUCAUAAAACGGACUUUAUAUACUCUUUUUUUUUUUUGUGAAAUAAAACUAUCAACCUGUAUUAUGUUUUAACAGUAUUGAGUUUAUUAUUAUAUCUCAUUAUUUAUAGAAAUGGAAAAGGAUUUUAAAAAUUCAUAGUUUGUUCUCUUGAAACUCAGAAAUAAAAUUUUGAAUGAAGAUUAUUUGCUUAUAUUUAAGAUACCUGCAUAUACCUCAAUAAGAAUUUAAUUUGUAUGAUUAUUAACAACUGAAUAUUUGCUUAAUUUAUAUGUAGUAGCUGGCUUAAAUAUUAAUGAAUAGUUUUAUUGGAAAUAUUUGUUCGAUUGUUUCAAAGUGUAUUUUUUUCCCCUUAUAAAGCCAUUUCGAAGUUGACACAUUUUAUUUCGGGUCACUAAGUUUUGUUAGAGCAUAUAAAUUGCACCAUAUUUCUUUUAUUAUCUAGGAAGAAAACUUUUUCAUUUUUUUUUCUAGUUAUGUUAAUUGUCUUCUGUAGUAUAGAGUUUAAGAUUAUUUUUGUGAAUAUUUAAUGUUUUGUAUUUGAGAAGUAUAUAUAUUUAUACAUAUAUAUAUGUAGCUGAUUUCUUGAUAUAUUUGUUGUAUACUUGGAAAGUGUUUAUUUUUAGGAUCUUUAGUUUUCACAAUCACUUUUGUGCUGGCAAUACCACUGACCAAUUAUCUUAAGAUUUCAGGUAAUAUGACAAUUGUAGCAUGUUCAUUGAUACCAUUAUAUUCAUUAUGUAAUAACUAUAUUUAAAUUACUAUUAAUGGUGCAUAGUGCUUGUCAUGUGCACUGCAUUUUCCCCCAAAUAUUUGAAUCCGAGAUAUUUAUUUCAGUCUUCUUAAUCAUCUCAAUAUCAAUUCUUGCAAACUUAGAUGUUUAAAAUGACUUCUUAAAUCUUAAAUAGUUUUUUUUAUAAAGAAAAUAAAAAAUGUUUAUGUGUGGCAUUAUUUUUAUAAUUUGUCGAAGAUAAUUUGUACUCAGUUUGUUUUAACGUUAUGUAAUUAUUCCGAAAGCUUUGGUAUGUAACAUCUACUAAUAAAGUUUCUGAUUUUGAAAAAAUAAUAAUUUUCUAAUAUUAUGUGUUAUAUUGACGAUUGUACACAAGAUUAUCAUAAUUCUUCCUUAUUUUUUACUUAUAUUUUAUGCCAUUACGGCUUCACAACCCAGAAAUUAUUUUUUAAAGUGACAUUUUCGUUAGCUAAUUUUCUAGCUUUUCUAUUCUGAGAAUUUGAUGCUUUGUGUUUAUAUCGCUAAGAGUUCGAUGAUCAAUGAAAAAAAAAAAAAAAACGUGAAGAGAAGACAGAAUACAAAUUAACAAGUUGGUAAACACAUGUCUUGGCUAAUUUUCUGGCUGCCCAUGAAAGCUCAAGUUAACCAUAAGUUGCUUCUAUCAUUGUAGAAAAUUAUCUCUUCUCCUCCCAACUUUUAGAGACCAAUUUUUUUUUUAUAUAAGUAAGAAGAUAAUUUGUUUUGUGGUGACUUUGCAGUUAUGUUAUUUGCUUUGUUUUUUAAUGUGUAUAUCAUGGAAAAGAAACCUAAUGGUAAAUCUUUAUUAAAUGCGACCCAUUCUGAAGCAGGACUGUAGAUGAAAAAUAAAAAGCUAGGUUUCUAGUGUCCCAA